GUGCACUGUGUCCCCCGGACACAGCGGAUCACCGAUCACGGAAAGAGCCGAAGAUGUCGGCUCGGUCAUGUGAUCAGCUGUGUCCAAUCACAGCUGAUCACUGAUCAUCAGAGCACUGAUGAUCAGUGUGCCCUGAUGAUCAGUGUAGCCUCAGCAGUGCCACCUGUCAGUGUCCAUCAGUGCCUUGUGUCAGUGCUCUUCAGUGCCUCUUGCCAGUGCCCAUCAGUGCCACAUCAAUGCCACAUAUCAGUGCCUACCAGUGCCCAUCUGAGCUGCCUUUCAGUGUCACCCAUCAGUGCCGCCUAUCAGUGCUGUCUAUAAGUGCCAUGUAUCAGUGCUGCCUUUCAGUGCCCAUCAGUGAUGCCUGUCAAUGCCUAUCAGUG